CUCUCGUUCCGAUUCGCCGUCGCCGCCGCCCUAAACAUCCCCCACCCCUCCCCUCCCCUCCCCUCCCCUCCCGCUCUCCCCGAGACGGAGAAGCACGGACCGGCGACGAGGUGAGGUGAGGACUCGGCGUCUGGCUUCUCGAUCUCCUGUCGUCGGAGGGUGGCUGUUGUACCGGCGGGUUUCCGAUUUCAUUACGUCCCUUUUCUGGUAGAUCGGAGCUGUAUAAGAAUUUUUUCUGCCAAGGUUGGCUAGUUGAUAACAAGCACGCAGGCACAAUGGCUGCUGAAGUUGGGCAGCCGUUCAGUGGAUGGUCACACUCAGAUUCGCCCUACAACGACCUCUGCACACAGGACGAUUCAGUUCAGAAAAUGGUACUUGAUCAUGGCUCAGUGUCAUUUGGUAGAUUUGCAGAAGAGUCUUUGUCAUGGGAAAACAGAUCAGUAUUCGGACACAACAGACGUCAGGAGGAGAUAAGCAAACUCACACUGCCUGGUUUAGUUGCACAAAAGAAGGCAUAUUUUGAAGAAUAUUACAAGAGGAAAGCUCAGAAAGCUAAACAUCUAACUGAAGCCACAUCGGAAGAAAGGAGCAAUGAUGACACUCUGGACCAUAGUAAACAGGAAGAUAAUUCACAUGCAGUUGUUCCCGAAGAUCCCGUGGAUACUGCUCCAAGCUUCAGUUGUCAACCAUCUACUGAAGUGAGCUCAUCGGAUGAGAAUAAACACAAUGAACCCCAUGGGCUAGGAUAUUUGACAUUUAAUCCUCUGUUUUCGAGGAUAACAGAGGAGGCAUCUAGUACUGGUCAAAAUCAACAUGUUGAUGGUGAGUUUUGUUGUGCCACACGCACACGUAGUAAACAUGGUCUCAACCACGAAACCAUGGAGAGAAAGGUUCUUGCACCAAAGCAUGUGGUUUCAACUGAUUAUGGUGAAAGUAAUGUUGCUGCGUCGAGAAUUAUCUUGCCUAUAGCAAGUUUGAAAGCUGGUGUUCAGAAACAGGAACCAAGAAAGAACAUAGUGCCAGCUGCCGUUAACGGGUUGACAAAGGGCACCAAGGACCCAUCAAGCUGUCUGAUCCAAAUUCCGAGAGUACAUUUAAGAAGAAACUCCGAAAACGUGAACUAUGAAGGCUUGAAGGAUCCUUUCCACAAGAGGGUUGAGAUGAAAUUGCGUGCUUUAUCUGAUAGGAUGAGUGCUGACAGAGCUGCUGCAUCUUCUAGAUCUUCUCCGUAUCCAAAUGCUGAUAGAGCCGCCAUUGCUUCCAGAUCUGCUUUGUGCCAGAAUACUGAUAGAUUCCUUGCACCAUCUAAAUCAGCCACACAAGCUUCUCACAAGUCUUCCAAAGAAGUACAGCCUGCAGCUACCCUUCCUCGUACAAAUUUCUACAACAAGGGAUCGUGUGUUUCUCAUGUUGCCUCUAGCAACAGCAGCACUACUGGGAAGUUGGCUACCAGAAGCUCAGUUAUGCCCAAUUCAUCCCAAAAUAAUGCAAAACCCUUGCAGACUGCUCAGGUCGCAUCGAAAAGAGGCGCAGGUCUUACCAGUACAAGCAAUGGAUCGCAGAACAAAAGGAAGCAACUGAGCACACCGGCGGCAUCGGUUGGAAAUAGCCAGACUAAAGGAUCUAUGUACAUGUCUAUACCCACAAGUGCAAGAAGUAGCGGCAGCGGCAUUCAACCUUACAAAGCUGCAAAGGCACCCAGGAUUUCAAACAGGAGGAACACAGUAGCGAAGACUCAAACGAUGCAGAAGUUGCCAACAUAUGAAACCCAUUCUGUUGGAGGAAGGAAUGUUUUGUCGAAAGUGGCUGUAAACGGCAACGAAAACAGAAAGGUAAUCUCGCCACGUGAUGGUAAUAGAAGCAACCUGGCGCGUAAGAGCAAGCCAAGACAGGAGAGGCCGCAAUGGCGAUGACGCACCUUCCUGGCUUGAGUAGCAGUUUCAGAUGCGCUGUUACUUGGUUGUAUUGUUGUCCAAGGAGGCCUUCUGUGAACCUCGGUAUAGUAUUGUUGUCCAAGGAGGGCCUUCUGUGAACCUCGGUAUAGUAUUAAGGCUGUAUGUUAGGCAUGAUAUUUUGCUGCUGCUUGUGGCCUCUAUUCGACCAUGGGGCAUGAUAUAUAAUUCUUGUGUCAAGUCCAAAGCAAGGAAAGACAGGAGAGGCCGCAAUGGCGAUGACGCACCUUCCUGGCUUGAGUAGCAGUUUCAGAUGCGCUGUUACUUGGUUGUAUUGUUGUCCAAGGAGGCCUUCUGUGAACCUCGGUAUAGUAUUGUUGUCCAAGGAGGGCCUUCUGUGAACCUCGGUAUAGUAUGUAUGUUAGGCAUGAUAUUUUGCUGCUGCUUGUGGCCUCUAUUCGACCAUGGGGCAUGAUAUAUAAUUCUUGUGUCGAGUCCA